GGUUUGAAAUAAGUAGAUUAUUAAACUAUCAAGUGGAGCUGUCAGUCAAACAUAAUCGACCAGUUUGCAAAAACUGGGGCGUUUGGCUUCAUUGCAGUAGUUGACUUCGUGAAAAUGGGAAAUACAAAUUCCGUUAUACAAAGUAUCACUCCAUAUGAGAUACGGAUAUGUGUUCUUAUGUUUUUGUUAAUGGUUCCAGAUGUCUUUGUUGGGUUAAGUGUUCUUAACACGCAGUAUACACCACCGUUCCGCUGCGAUGUUACGCUGAAAAAUGGAUCGAAAACGAUAUCGAGGUCUUUAUUAGAGUCGGAAAUCGAGUCAAAGUUGGCAAAUUCUACUACCCCGAUCAAGCAAAGGAAUAUUAUAGAACAAUAUGAAAAUUCGUGCGAAAAAUACAACUUAACUUUAGAUGUAGAAUCGAUUUUUAACGCAUCACAAACCGAACUUUCCACUCUUCGAAAUACAACAUCUUUAGUUCCGUGCAAAAACUUCAUCUUUCAAACUGGAUACGUUACUGCUGUUACAGAGUUUGAUUUGGUAUGUAACAAUGCUUGGAAAGAAGCCUUUGUGACGUCACUUUUCAUGCUUGGUGGUUUGAUUGGCUCAGCGUUUGGAGGAACGUGUUCAGACAGGUUUGGCCGACGAACUGUCGUCUUAGUUUCCGUAUUUGUGGAAUAUGCCUCCGCCUUUGUUCUUAGUUUUACAACCACAUACACCAGCUAUUGCAUCGUUAUGUUUAUCUUUGGGAUGGGAAACUCAAUCGUAUACGCGUCUUCGGCUGUAUUGGCGUCUGAAUUGGUGCAUCCGAACCGCCGAAGCUUUGUUUACUCGGCCAAUGUUUUAGGUUAUUCAGUGGGGUACAUGCUGCUUGGUCUGGCAUGUUAUAUCUUUACAGACUGGCGAUGGUACUUGCGGUUUGCGAGUUUUGUUGGCGCUUUAUACUUACCUUACUACUGGGUUUUAGACGAAUCACCGCUGUGGCUUUAUGCCAACAAUAGGAAAAUUAAAGCCGAAAAGUUGCUGAAUAAAAUGGCGCGAAUCAACGAAUCGAAAAAUUGUCACAUAUCUAUGGUGGAGCAUGAAAAGGAAGUGACGUCAUGGGCCACGUGGGUCGAGUUCUGUAAGCAGCCUUUGCUAAUCACCAGACUCUUUAUAAUAAUAUUAGGAUGGAUGGUCACGGCACUUGGCUACUACGCGAUUGCACUGAAUUCGAACAAUUUAGCUGGAAAUCGAUUUCUAAACAUUUUCUUCGGUGGUUUAAUGGAGCUUCUCGCCAUGAUUAUUUUUUACGGCGCUGUGCAGUUUUGGGGAAGGAAAAACUCUUACGUUUUGCUCACCCUUGUUGCAGCAGUUGCAUUAGUUGCGAUACCUUUUCUCAAGUUAUGGAACGAAACAUCUGUUGUUGCGGUUACAAUGAUUGCCAAGUUUUCCGUUACAGUCACCUACAGUAUACUGUACGUUUACACAGGAGAGCUAUUUCCCACUAAUAUACGACACGGGGUGUUUGGCAUCAGCGGUGCUUUGGCAAGGAUUGGUAGCAUAUUAGCUCCGUAUGCUAUAUACUCAGACGUACAUGGAAACAGUAUUGUGACGUCAUUAUUAAUGGGAGGCCUAGUCUUUGUUUCUGCACUUCUUGUUUUCCUGCUUCCGAGGACUAAAGAUAUUGUUUUGCCUGGAACUGUAAAAGAAGCUUUGAAACUAAACGGGAGAUUGUGCUGUAUAGAAAUUAAGCCACAGCACAGCCCAAUGGAAAACUCGAAAGAAGAAAGUUUAUCUUUGUAUGAUACAGUGAUAUAACAAGACGACUAUUGAUUGGAAACAUUUAAAAAACAUCACCAAUUAUUAAUCCGAGGCUCGGUAAAAAAUACAGUAUAUAGAAAUACUCAUUUGGUGGCACAA